AUGUUGAUACACAAAAUCUUCACCGUUGCAUUUCCGUUGGCAUCCUUUUCUUUCUUUCUAACUUGUCAAGCUCGUCCGGUUGAGGAACUAGCAUACAUAAAGCGACAUGUUUCCGAAUUAGAUGAUUCUUACGAUUUCAUUAUCGUUGGUGGUGGGACAGCUGGAAUCACCGUUGCAGACCGGCUAUCUGAGGACUCAAGAAACAGUGUAUUGGUAGUAGAAUAUGGCUAUAUCGACCCAAGUCCAGACAUCCUUAUGCCCGCGCCGGCAAACAAUGACCGCUACUUGCCUAGAUUCUACAACUAUUCUUCUGUGCCGCAAACUGAAUUGAACAAUGCAACGACAAUUGUGUAUGCAGCCGCGAUAGUAGGAGGGGGUUCAGCAGUUGACCAUAUGAUGUUCGACCGAGGGUCUGCUGAUGACUAUGAUAAUUGGGAGAAACUGCAGAAUCCUGGCUGGGGCUGGAAGGGACUUCUUCCGUACUUCCAAAAGAGCGUAACAUUCAUUCCACCAACUCUUGCUCAGCAAAAAGAAUUUGGCUAUACAUACGACGAGUCUGCUUAUGGUGGCCAUGGGCCCAUCUAUGCCAGCUAUCCUCCAUUCCAAUGGCCUCAGCAGAAGACUCAAUGGAACUCCUGGCUCGAUUUGGGGGUCAAAGCUACCAAGGAGGGGGCUGGGGGUCAAGCUUUAGGACUCUUCUGGAUCCCAAGUGCUCUAGAUCCUAAGAACGAGACUCGCUCUUACGCAAAGAGUGGCCACCAUGAUCGAGCCGUAAGAAGAGAGAACUAUCAUUUACUGACUGGCUACAAAGCACGCGAGAUUUCAAUUUCUCGCUCUCAGGCAGAAGGCGUCAAAAUUCAGGCACGAGAUGGUAGUGAUAAGACUUUUACCAAUGUGAAAGCAAACCAAGAAGUCAUCAUAGCUGCAGGUUCCUUCGGAAGUCCUGCACUGUUGCAGCGAAGUGGCAUUGGCCCCAAAGGUUUGUUGAAGAAGGCUGGUAUCGACGUUAAAUUGGAUCUUCCUGGCGUCGGUCAGAAUUUGCAGGACCAUGCCGCCUCGGUGUUGGUUUAUAUAUAUGCAAGCAAUACUGUACCAAACUCUCAGACGGCUGCAACGAACGCAACUUUUGCUGCGCAAGUUCAAGCUCUAUAUUACCAGAACCGUACAGGUCCUCUGACCGUAGGAUAUGGUAAUAGUGUCGUGUUCCUUCCCCUGCAGACUUUCGACACCAACUAUAAGGGAGUAGUUGCAAAUCUGUCAGCACAGAACUCUCUCGCUUUUCUUCCAUCCGGCUAUGAAAUUUCACUUAAGCAAGGCUACGCGGCCCAAAAGAAACUUCUUCUUGCAUCGUAUAGUUCGAAGUCAUCGGCAAUGCUCGAGGUAUUUUUUAAUGGUGAUCCCACUGUGGUAAACGUUUUGCAGAAACCAAUGUCCCGUGGAUCAGUCUACAUCAAUAUCACCGAUCCAUUUGGCGACCCGCUGAUAGAUCCAAGGGUUUUCUCCAAUCCUGUUGAUAUGGAUAUAGCCGUCUCGAUGUACAAAUACACACGCAAAUGGUUUCAAACUCCAAGCCACGCAACUCUAACGCCUUUUGAGAUACUGCCUGGCAGCUCCGUGAUUAGCGAUGAAGAUAUCAAAGCUGCGAUACGGCAGUUUUCAACACCAACUAUUGGUCAUGCAUUGGGAACGUGUGCUAUGAUGCCGUUAGAAAUGGGAGGUGUGGUUGAUUCAGAACUCUUAGUACAUGGGAUCAAGAGACUGAGCGUUGUAGACGCUUCAAUCAUGCCGCUUGCACCCGCUACACAUUUGGAUGCUACUGUCUAUGCGGUUGCCGAGAAGGCGGCUGAUUUGAUCAAGAGACGAGCCAGAUGA